GCGAUCCGAUUGGCGGAGAGCGGGGGCGGGGCGGGUGUGUGGCGGAAGCGGCGGGAGGGGAUGUGGAGAGCGGGCAUGGCCGCCGGGGACGGGCUGGGCCCGGCGCUCCGCGCCGUCACCGAGCAGGUGCAGCAGGCGGCGGCGCGGCGGCCGCAGGGGCUCCCGGCCGUGCAGCCGCGGCUCGUGGCCGUCAGCAAGACCAAGCCGGCAGAGAUGGUGAUGGAGGCCUACAGCCACGGGCAGCGCAGCUUCGGGGAGAACUACGUUCAGGAGCUGCUGGAAAAGGCAUCAGACUCCAGGAUUCUCUCAUCCUGCCCAGACAUCAAGUGGCAUUUCAUUGGCCACCUGCAGAAGAGCAAUGUCAACAAGCUGAUCGCUGUCCCAAACCUGUUCAUGCUGGAAACAGUGGAUUCUGUGAAACUGGCAGACAGAGUCAACAGCUCGUGGCAGAAAAAAGGAUCACCCCAGAAGCUGAAGGUCAUGGUGCAAGUUAACACCAGCGGGGAGGACAGCAAGCAUGGCCUUGCCCCCGGGGACACCACGGCUGCUGUGGAGCACGUCAUCAACAAGUGCCCCAGCCUGGAAUUCGUGGGGCUGAUGACCAUCGGCAGCAUCGGGCACGACCUCAGCAAGGGGCCAAAUCCUGACUUCCAGGUGCUGCUGUCCCUGAGGCAGGAGGUGUGUGAGAAGCUGAACCUGCCCCUGGACAAGGUGGAGCUGAGCAUGGGCAUGUCCACGGACUUCCAGCACGCAAUAGAGGUUGGAUCCACAAACGUCAGGAUCGGGAGCACUAUUUUUGGAGAGAGGGAUUAUUCCAACAAAGCCCCCGCUGGGGGUGGAGGCCAGCCAGAGGCUGUGACAGUGCAGGGGCACUAGAGGGAAGACAAGUGGCCUCAGCAGAGGAGAGACCUCGCCGUGGGAGACCUCACUAUGCAUUUUUACCUCCCUCCGUGUGGGCACCCAUCGUGAUGGUGAGAGGGAAUUCCUCGGAGCAGAGGCCGGGAUGCCUCGUGAUCAUUGUGAUUAUAGAGUACCCCUAGAAACUGGAGAUCUUCAUAACCAACAAGGAAAUCGAGGGUUGGAA